CAAUCUUCCAGACUAUAAAUAGAUCUCUGAAAUCGAGCUGUUUCAUUUUGCCGAAAGAGCAGAGCGGGGGAGGCUUUCUUCGCCAUUACAGAUUGCAUCAAAUGGCGAGGAUUAAGGUUCACGAGCUCCGAACCAAGUCGAAAACUGAGCUUCUAAACCAGCUCAAUGAGCUCAAGGCUGAGCUUGCAUUGCUCCGAGUGGCUAAGGUCACUGGAGGUGCACCUAACAAGCUUUCUAAAAUUAAGGUUGUUAGGUUGUCCAUUGCUCGUGUGCUUACCGUUAUUUCCCAGAAGCAGAAAUCCGCAUUAAGGGACGCAUACAAGAAGAAGAAGUUUGUGCCAUUGGAUCUCCGGCCAAAGAAGACUCGGGCAAUCAGGCGCCGUCUCACAAAGCAUCAGGCUUCAUUGAAGACCGAGAGGGAGAAAAAGAGGGAGAUGUAUUUUCCAAUGAGGAAGUAUGCCAUCAAGGUCUAAUAUGGACAUUGAAGCGAUGGUAGGUAAUAGUGCUGUUUGGGUAAUUGCAUUUUUGUUUGCUUUUUGGUUUUGGCCCUAAUGUAACCGUCCAUGAUGUCUUGUUAGUUUCUAUUUCCUAUUUUGUAGCUAGAUGAGUAUUUGAAGUUAAAACAAGGAACCCAGGGCUUUAUGUUCAUGGGUAGAAAAUUUUACAUUUUAUGAAGUUAUUUCAGUUAAGAUCCUUUCUUUUUAUCAA